AUGGAGAUUCACUGUAAACACGACCCGUUCGCUGCGAUGCACAGACAUGGAGGGGUGAAUCAGUUAGGAGGCGUGUUCGUGAACGGCAGGCCCCUCCCAGAUGUGGUGCGAACGCGAAUCGUAGAGCUGGCUCACCAAGGGGUCCGCCCCUGUGAUAUCUCUCGACAGCUCCGGGUCAGUCACGGAUGUGUCAGCAAGAUACUGGGGAGGUACUAUGAGACAGGAAGUAUCCGUCCCGGGGUGAUUGGAGGAUCCAAACCAAAGGUUGCUACACCCAAAGUGGUGGAUAAGAUCGCCGACUACAAACGCCAAAACCCCACCAUGUUCGCCUGGGAGAUACGAGACAGACUAUUGGCUGAGAGAGUGUGUGACAACGAUAGUGUUCCCAGUGUCAGCUCUAUCAACAGGAUCAUCAGAACUAAAGUCCAGCAGCCCCCGGGUCAGUCAGGACCUCUCUCUGCUCAUAACCUGGCGUCGUCGGUAGCGUCGACACAGGUUUCUGCGGUGACCAGUGACUCGGCUGGCUCCUCCUACUCCAUCAGCGGCAUUCUGGGUAUCAGCUCGGCUAACGACGGGAAGCGGAAGAGAGACGAUGCCCUCCAGGAGUCUCCUCUAGCCAAUGGCCAUGGUCCAGGAGGGCGGGAUUUCCUGAGGAAGCAGAUGAGAGGGGAUCUCUUCUCGCCGCAGCAGAUUGAG